CCACUCCCCAGAGCCCUGUAGGCAGACCUAAGGAAGGAAGGCUGCACCAGAGGCCCUUAUUGCCUGCUGCGCUACUGUGUCUCUGAGAGUCCCUGAAGAACCUCAGUCCCUGUGAAGGAGCUAAGUGUAGGUCAGUUGUAUCUGGAUAGAGGAGUGUUGUACUUUUGAAAGGGUGUUUUGGGAUUUUCUUGGGAUGCCGAUUGAUAACGGAUGUUCACAGACCUGACUAGAGCAAGGUGGGGAUGUGCUGAGUGCUGCUCUCCUCUCAAUAUUGACUUCAGAAGGCCAGUCUGUCUCCUGUCUCUACCCCUGUGACAGAUUGACGGGCUUGGCACUGAAGGUCUGAUAUACAAAUGCACUUCUGAACAGGAACUUGGGAGGAAGUGCCUUCCCUGACAUCUGCUGCAGCUUCGAUCCGCUUCUAGAGCAGAAGCUCCACCCCCCCCCCCCCCCCGCGCCUCGCUUGCUGCCACGAUAACGCGAGCACAAGGAUACCAACCACACCCCUCGUCACGGCCCACGCCUGAAAAAUCCACGCCCAGACCUGCACCAACCCCAUCGUCACCAGGCUUACUGCCCUAAGCCUUCACCUGCCCUCCUACCACCCUACCCCAGAAAGCUUCUCUCCUUCUGGGCCCAGCCUCUCUCUUUCAGACCCCUCAGUGUCUCUAAUCUCCAUUGAUCUCCAUUCAGUCACAGCCUACAGCACUGUUGUAGUCAGGAAAGAAGGAUCUGAAGAGUGAACUUUUCCUCUGGGUUACAUGCUGAAUUGUUGGUGAGAUACAAGUUGAGACAAACAGUGGUAGAGUCAUUCUCUGCUCAGAUCAUUGUCUGUUGAGUGUGUUCUCAAUGCUUUAAGGAAGGUAAUAACAUACACACAACAAUUUUAAAACACAUUUCACCUAUCGCCUUGAUACAUCCACUCGGAUCUUUCAGAAGAAUAAGGUGUAGCAGACAUAUCCAACCAAAGGGGACACACACCAACACACACAUCACGCUUUAGCCCGAUUCGGACGGAUUACUAUUAUUUCCCUGGACUGUCUUUGUGACCAUGGCGCACAUGAACAUGGCGCACAUGCGGGACACAAAAUGGCUGACACUGGAGGUGUGUCGGGAGUUCCAGAGAGGCACGUGCUCACGCUCCGACCAGGAGUGUAAGUUCGCCCACCCAGCCAAGAGCUGCCAGGUGGAGAAUGGACGAGUCAUCGCCUGCUUCGACUCCCUCAAGGGCCGUUGUUCCAGGGAGAACUGUAAGUACCUGCACCCUCCUGGCCACCUAAAGACCCAGCUGGAGAUCAACGGCAGGAACAACCUCAUCCAACAAAAGAACAUGGCCAUGCUGGCCCAGCAGAUGCAGCUCGCAAACGCCAUGAUGCCCGGCACACAGCUACAGCCUAUGGUUAGUCUCUAUGACCUGGUCCAAGACAGCAACAGGUUCAGUUUACAUCAACCUAUGUUCUCUAUGGCACCAGGCCUGGCCACCAAUGCCAGCGCGGCGGCAGCAGCCUUCAACCCGUACCUGGGCCCGGUAUCGCCCGGCCUGAUGCAGGCAGAGAUCAUGCCCAGCCCGCAGGUCCUCAUGGCAGGCCACCCCAACCACGGCCAGGUCCCCAAUGCUGCAGCCGCAGCUGCACAGAAACUCAUGAGGACAGACAGACUGGAGGUGUGUCGUGAGUACCAGCGGGGCAACUGCUCCCGGGGGGAGAAUGACUGUCGCUUCUCCCACCCCUCCGACAGCACCAUGAUCGACACCAACGACAACACGGUCACCGUGUGUAUGGACUACAUCAAGGGCCGCUGCUCCAGGGAGAAGUGCAAGUACUUCCACCCUCCGGCUCACCUGCAGGCCAAGAUCAAGGCUGCACAGCAUCAGGUGAACCAGGCCACUGCCGCCGCAGCCAUGACUCAGUCGGCUGUCAAAUCACUGAAGCGACCCCUCGACGCAACCUUUGACCUGGGGAUCCCCCAUAGUGUCAUGCCACCCAUGCCCAAGCGGGCAGCCCUGGAGAAGCCUAAUGGGGCUUCUGCCAUGUUCAACACUGGCAUGCUCCAGUACCAACACGCCUUGGCCAACAUGCAGUUUCAGCAGCAGGCUGCCUUCCUCCCCUCAGGCUCAAUAUUCUGCAUGACCCCCACCGCCGGUGUUGUACCCAUGAUGCACGGUGGUACGCAAGCGUCUGCAGCCACCACAUCUGCCACAAGCGUUCCCUUCGCAACCUCCUCAGCCAAUCAGGACUCUUCCUUAUCAAAGUUGACUACCAACGAAUACAUGCAAUUGAUUCCAAUCAUUUCUGCCGAUCAUCUGAGUAGUCACAAGUAUCUGACUCAAAUGUAGUUCGAGUCAAGAACAAUCAAAUGACUGUGUGUUGGCACUGUACAAGCCUAAAGAGUUCAGCCUUUAUGUCUAUAAUGUUCAGAAUGUCAAGCAAUGGACAGGAGGAGAAUCGGUCGUCAUCUCUCAGUCGCUCCGUAAUGCUGUUCUUGUCACACAUGCCAACAUCGGUGUGCCCAGUCGAUACCAUGACACACAUACACACACACACACACACACACACACACACACACACACACACACACACACACACACACACACACACACACACACACACACACACACACACACACACACACACACACACACACACACACACACACACACACACACACCUCCUUGUCCUCCAAGGCAUCACCCAGCUGAGAAGAGGAGUGUCUGUCUAUCCAUGCUGACAGACACUGAGUACAUUCACAAUACACCUGUGUGUUCAAACACAAUUUCUUUCUUACAUUUUUUUGCACACACAUGAGGCUUAGAGCGAGAUGUUGUGGCGUCUAACGUACAGAAUACUGUGUUGGUACGUCGGUAGACCAAGACAGCAUUUUUUAUUUGUUUUUUGUUUUUAAAUUAAUACAUUUGUUUUCAUGGUUUACAACAAAAAAAACAUUGCAAAUGUGCACCUUGAAUUUGAAUUGAAAUCAGAAAGGCACAACACAUUUUAGCAUGUACAGUUUUCUGUUUUUAAAAAGGCUUCUAGUGAAGCUAGAUGAUAAAAUGAGGGUCAGGGACAUAUGAAUGUUCUGGGUAAGAAACACACCUGUGUACCUUUGAAAGCACAGCCAUGCUAGCUUUAACCACCUAAUGUGUGCCAUAGAGGCCAUACAUCCCAAACCAGAGUGUUAUUUCAGCAGUGUUAUUCUGUUUACCUAAGAUAUGUGUUUUUAUGGCUCGAGUUUAGUUUUUUACAUAAUUUCUCCAUUGUGUAUUUUCUUUAUAUAUAUAUAUAUAUAUUGUGCCAUUUGAUUUUUGGUUGAUAAUUAGGAAUGGGUUCCUCUCCAGCCUUUGAUCUCUCUUGCAAUGAUAAAAAAAUAGAGGUGCCUUUUAUCAAUUUGUUUUUGUUUUGCCUUUCUGUUUCUGCUUUAUUUAUCAGAACUAUUACCUCUCAAUAGACACAUUUUACUUCAAUUGAGGUAAUACAACAAAUAACUAAUUUGAUGUGAAUUUAUCAAACAGAAGAAAAAAGUAUCUCACUUUUUUGAUCAGAUUUGAACUGAUUCAGGAUACCGAAGCACAGUUCUGCUCAUGCACGAAGGGUUACCGGAGUAUAUGGCCAAAUUCAAGGAAGGUUCGACACAGAAUUGGGGGAACAGAGAUUUCAUUUCAAAACCCUUGUUUUCACACGCCAUUAUGUUCUGUGAUUUUGUUUUGUUGUUUUGACUGAGGUGUAAGAUCUCUUUACUGAUUGUAUUGUACUUCUAUUGAAGCCUUAGAUUACAGGACUGGGUUCCAUCCCAAUCAAAUGUACUUUCAAUCACCAUACAGGCAAUGAACACCAAUUAUAUAUUAUAGUCCGUACACAUACAUACACCUUAUAAUGUUUUGGUUUAGUUUUUUUUCUCAAGUAACAAUUUACUCUUAAAUUUCAUUGAACUCAUGUGUUAUGUAUUACUUAAGGAUUUUAAUCUAUUUGAAUAUUUAGUUUGUAGAUUUCUGCCUUAUUAUAUUCUACUUGACAACAUUAUUAUAUAGCCGUUGUAAAUUUAGAGAUUUGGAUUUUCAAACCAUACUAAUGAUUAAUAAUAAUAUGUGGAAUCAGAAUAAGUAUUCACAUCAUUCUUGUAGCUGGACGCCUGAAGAAGUUGAUCAAACAUGUUGAUCAACGACCUUUUGAUAUUGAUACAAUGAACGGCGUCAGUUGGUGUGUUGCCGAGGCAUCUACUCUGGCUGAAAACUAAUGUUUUAACUAGCUACAAGUCGAGAUCUUGUUUGAAAACACGCUAUCUGUAAAAUGUUUUAGAACACCUACUCAUUCAAGGGUUUUUCUUUUAAUUAUUUUCUACAUUGUGCUCAGCAUAUGUGGGAACUCCUUCAAGACUGUUGGAAAAGCAUUCCAGGUGAAGCUGGUUGAGAGAAUGCCAAGCGUCUGCAAAGCUGUCAUCAAGGCAAAGCGUGGCUAUUUGAAGAAUCUCAAAUACAAAAUAUAUUUGGAUUUGUUGAACACUUUUUUGGUUACUACAUGAUUCCAUAUGUGUCAUUUCAUAGUUUGAUGUCUUCACUAUUAUUCUACAGUGUAGAAAAUAGUUUUUUUUAAAUAAAGAAAAACACUUGAAUGAGUAGGCGUUCCAAAACUUUUGACCGGUAGUGUAUAUUGUGUCGAAAUUUAGAUUGUCCAUGUUUAGAGAAGGAACAAAAAGUUAUUUUCUACUGUAUCCAUUAAAAACUAUAUAUAUAUAUAUUGUUUUAAUAUUUCUUAAGAUUGCCCUGAAUGUCAGCGCAAAAUGAACAGUGAGAUAGAUGGGUCUCUGGAGUUUGGUGAAUGGUGAGAGUAGAGGUGAGGUAGUGGACUUUGCUGAAUCGGGAAGGUCGGUAAUGCUGCAGAUGAACGAACUCUAACCUAAGGGACGAAGGUUGACUUUUUGCACUUCUGUACAUAGUCAAUGAACAGAGAGAAAAAAAAACAUUUAUCAUAUUGAGAUAUUAUUUUGAAUAAAAAAUUCUAUAAUGAUAAGUACUUUUUUAGGUUAAUUUAAAUAAAAAAUAAAAACGGAUAGACCAGCUAAACAAAUUUGCUUGCAAAAAGAAAGAAAAUGGUGUCAUUUUCUAGGCCAAUGCAUUCAGAAAAAGAUAUGCGUUUUUAAGCUUUUGUCAGUGGCUAGUAGUUUGCCAGGAAAUCCUCAAGGGGCGUAAUCCCCACAUUCACUCCCACUCACUCCCGUUGUAGUAUAUGAUAUACAAUAAAUAUCAUAUAUUGUCCAUAUUGCAGAUCUGGUAACAGGCCAUUCAUGUCUAGCCCUACGGUACAAUAACUAAAAAAUAUAUAUAAACAAAACCAUUUCAAAUUUUAGUUUCAAUGCAUGUAAAAAAGAACACAAAUGUAAACAAUCUAUAUAAGUAGAUAUAGAAUGUUUAUAUUUUCAAUUUACAAAAAUAUGUUUGGGGAGAAGGGAAAUAAGACUUUAGACAAGUAAUCGAACACUUGCACUUGUGAUAUACAUUUUUUACCAAGAAACUACAUGAGUUCUCAAGAAUAAAAUGUAACGUUAACACAAAACCACCCCAGAAAUAUUCUCUAAUUACCGUAAGAUCACUCAAGUCAACAUGGACUCACAGGGCACAGCUGAUGCUACCAGCCAACUGUGCACUCAGCAGGUGAAGGCUCCCCACCAUACCAAAUGUAUAGGUAAAUACUCUUUCAAAUGAAUGUAACCGUCUUCAGUCAAGGUCAUCCUAUUUCUGACUCGAGGUCGCUGUAUAAGUGCUAUGGAACCAAAGUGUCCCUUUCUCCAAACCAACCAGAGCUGCGUGGGCAGAUUUCACUGUCUCUCAGCUUAAACCAAGGUCUUUCUUCCCUGCCGGGGGCAUACAUGCUUGACUGUUUAGUAUGUGUGAAAACUUACUUUUUUUUGCUUAUAGUUGCUACAGAAUAAUGUACUACUUCUUGUCUUCAGAUUUGUUUUAUGCACAUUUUAUUGUUGCCAUAAUUGACUCUUGCUGUUCUGAAUUAUAUAUAUAAAAAAAAUUGAAUAAAAAAAACUGAUUUGCUCACGCAA